AUGGACGGAUACCCGGUUGGAAGCCUGGAUCAUAACAUCCCGCACAUCGUCAUUGCCGGCCUGACUUCGAUCCCCGCCAAAGCCCUGCCUCUGAACGCAGAGCUUCGAGACCAAGCCCUCUUGAUCCGAUCCGAACUGCCAAGCAUAGAAAGCCCGAAUGCCGAAGCCUUGAAAGACUACAUAGUUCGUCAAGAUGGAAGGAAUCACCCAUGGAACGGCAAAGACAGCGGGAAGCCGUACAGGCUGCGGGUCGCCGUUGCUGGUCGAUCUCUUGUUCUCCCUCCUCGCCGUGCUAGACUUCCAGACGGCAUAGAAGCUCCCGAGACGCCCGCUGUGCUGCAUUCGCCCUUUUCUCCUCUUAGCCCAGUCUCUCCAUUGUAUCCCGAUGGCUUGAUGAACACAGACUGGCUCCAAAAGCAUGAGGACAUGGUUCCCAGUGUCUAUGUAUCUUUCUAUACCCUGACGACCGAUCCGACACUUGCUACCCUUCACGACAAUCAGCUGAAAACGGACAUCAACAACUCCAAGACCGCUAUCAGCAGGUCAGGCUACAGGACACGCUUCGCCGUUGUUCUCCUGAGCGAUGGCGUUGCUUCGGCUUCUAUGCAAGAUUUCAUGCAGGAGAGACUCGAAAACAUCAGGCGAGGCGUUGCUUUGGACAACAAGUCCUUCUUCUACCUGUCGCCCCAGGACCUUUCAACAGAUUUAGAGCAUACUGCAGACUCCAUGCUUGCGGCCGUCUUCUUGCAAGCCAUAGAGUACUAUCGCGAUCUCGGCCGUCAUGCUCGGAAGAAGCGCAGCCGCGGAAUUGCUCCGCAACCUACAGUGCCGCCUACGAGCACUUCCCAAACGACCUCGGUGCAAGACUGGAAUGUACGAUACGAUUACAAGACGGGGGUUUUCGCCGAGUUCCGACAGGAGAUGGACGCGGCGCUGCGCUCGUAUGAACAAGCUUAUGAGGGGCUCCUCAGUCAGGACGUCAUGGACAUAAUCCCCAGCUGGAGCCCAAGAUGGAACGAGGCGCGCAUGCUUGCGGAUGUGCUGGCGAUACGCAGCAUUCGAUGCCUGCUCUGGGGAUCCCAGAACACUGCUGCCGUACGGAAAUGGCACACACAUCGGGACAGGAUAGCAGACUUUGUCGAUCGACGCGGCCGGGGAACGAAUAACUACGGAUGGGCUGCAUGGGAAUCGAGGUGGGCGGUAGUGAUGGCGAAUCUAAUCGAGAGAGUGGACAUUCGCAGCUUGGCGCCAGCAACGCGAACGUUAUUUCUUCAGCCUGAAAAGGCUGCUGCAGCCGAUCGCUUACGACCAUGGGAAAUGCUGCAUCACACGGGAUAUUGGUAUCGCAUCGCAGCUGAGCAUCUGAUGACCCGGCGAAGACUUGCCCGGUCUAUUCCAGAAGAAGACCGGCGCUCGCCAGAUACCACUCCGGCUUCGGCAGUUGCGAGCAAGGCCUUCCAAUACGACACGUACAUGUGCCCAGAUCCUCACGAGGAGUUUCCUCUGCAGGGGACGGGCGUCAAUCAUUCUAAGCUCAUUAUAGACAUUCUAAUGGCAGCUAGAUCCCAGUUCCAGGCACGGCGUCAACUGCGGUUAUCGGCCGAAUUGUCUUUGGAAUGCGCGAAAGAAAUGGUGAACCUAAAGGCCUGGGACGACAUUGUUGCUUUGCUGCGACCUCUAUGGGAAGACAUGUCGUUCAGAUCAGAGGGAUGGCUCAACAUUACGGAAGACCUGAGCUGGGUGUUGCGUGCUGCGGCCGCCCGAAUUGGUCACGGGGAGCUUGUAGUCGCCAUUGACUGGGAGCUGAUGAACAGGAAGUUCACACGGCGGCCCAACUGGCACUACGACAUAUCCAGGUCACUCGAGGGACUUGAUAUCGAGCCCAAACCAACUGUGACCAUUAAUGAUGAUGUGGUUUCCUCCUUCAUCGCCGCAUCCUUCAUCUUCAAAAGCGAAGAUGGUAAAGCUGGCGAAAACUGUCAAGCGCAAGUUGCCAUUCGAUCCGACGCUUUCCCAGAUGCAUCGGCGGUGACGCUCAAGGGCCUGAGAAUCGACUUUGAAGGUAGCUUGAAGACCAUCACACUAGAUCAUGACCCGGAGUCCAAUGGUGGAAAGAGCAAGGGCAACGUCACGCUUGCGGACGUGCCCCUGACCGAGCAGGCUCGAGACGGCGAAGAGGAAGAGGAAGGCUCAUCAGGGCUGAGCGGAUCUGGAAACCUGACCCUGAAGCCUGGGCACACGAACGUUUACGAAAUGGCCAUACCUCUGCGGGAGCCCGGCGAGGCGCACGCAUCCUCGGCGACGUUGAUCCUGGAGACGGACACCUUUUUGCUGAAUUAUACCGUUACCUUCCGGGAUCUGGGAGCGACGGACUUUUGGUUUGGACCGUCUCUUUCACGGAGACGGAUCGUGCGGCAGAGCGCGCAUGUUAUCCAAGUCCAGGCCAGGCCGCCCAAGCUGGAGAUCAAGCUGGCGCAACCUCAGGAUCAAUUUUACGCAAACGAGCCAAUGGACCUGGUUGUGGAUGUUGUCAAUGCCGAGGAGACUGAGGCUGUGGCUAAGCUCGAGGCUCACGUCUUUGGCGAGCAGAUCCCGUCCUUCCGCGUGGACAUUGAAGACGAAGGAGAACAUGUUGCAGAAGCUGGUCAGGAGGAGGCCAAACUUACGGGGUUGACACUUGGAAAUUUGGCAAUAUCGCAGUCAAAACGUGUCAAGAUCAGGCUUGAACCCGUACAGUUGACCACCUCUUUCGAUGUCACACUGAGGGUGUUUUACCAUCUCGCCGCCGACCCGGCUACCUUGAUCAUGCAGAUUCUACCCGUCCAGCUCAACGUCGUCAACCCCUUUGAAGCAAACUACGAUCUUAUUCCGCGUCUCCAUUCGGAUCCCUGGCCAAGCUUAUUUGAUUAUGAGGGCGUGCAGGACCCCUCGGCAGACGAAGCUGCGAUGCAGCCCCGCGGUCUGGCACAAAAGUGGUGUCUCGUGUGCCACUUUGCAUCGUUCGCGACGGAAGACCUGGAGAUUGUCAGCAUGGACGCCGAAGUCAUUGCGUGCCAGAAUCACGCACGGUGCACCACGGCGACCCGCCCAGAGAUCGCAGAAGGCGGGCUCCGAAUCCCACCAAAGCAGAUGCAGGAGGCCCAGUUCGAUCUGGUGGCUCAAAAGUUCAGCCUCGACGAUCGGGGGCCUGCGUCCCUCGACGUAGCUUUUGUCCUCAAGUGGCGCCGCACAUCAACAGCCUCGUCACCAGCGCUGGUCAACACGACCAGGAUGCUUGUCCCAAGAUAUAUCGUCUUGGGCACCGAGCCUCGCGUCCUAGCUUCGUACUCUCUCGCCAAUUCCGUGACGGGUCUGAUACAUUUGGACAUCACCAUUGAGAACCCGUCGAGUCAUUUCCUGACGUUUGGUUUGAACAUGGAGCCCAGUGACGAGUUUGCGUUUUCCGGCUCCAAGCAGACCACGGCGCACGUCUUGCCCGUGUCUAGACGUACCAUUACGUACCGGUUGCUACCUUUGAUACGGGGUGACUACAUCCGGCCCACGCUCGUGGUUCGGGACAAGUACUUCCAAAAGGUAUUGAGGAUCAUACCGACGGAGGGGAUGAAGAUCGACAAGGACGGCCUGCUGGUUUGGAUACCGCCAGAGGAGGGCGAAGAAGAGGAGUAG